CCCCUCCGAGGCAGGGCCUAUAAGUCUCGCCCCCAAUUCUCCCUCUGGAGUCUUCUUUCUCUCUUUCACCACCUCCAUCCCAGAGGGUGCCUUUUCCUCUUGCAUCUUUUCCCAUGUCCUCCUAAUCCUCCUAAUUUUGACAUCGCCAUCACCUGGAAUCUGUCCCUGGACACGAUUACCGUUUGAUCGCCAUUCGUUCGCUUCACCUUUUAUUUGACUCACUUAAUCGCAAAAUUAAUCACACCAUGGCAGAAGAACCUCAGGUUAUGUCUAUCCAGCAACGGAUCGCUGCGCUCAAACAGGCGCAAGCUGGUCAAAGCGCAGGGAUCGAGGCCAGCGAGCCGGUGCUUGUUCAGCCCACUCCGAUGCCCAUUCGGCCGGCUGCUCCCCCGCGACCCAAGACCUUCACCACCACUACUACCACCAACCACAACACCAACGACCAUGCUGCUGGCAGCAAUGGCUCGAUAUACAAUCUCUCUUCCACUUCAAAUAAUGCGGUUCCUCCCCGACCCGUCCCACGUCCCUCUACGGCACCGGCACCAGUACCAGCGCCUGCAAAAUACAAGACGCCCCCUCCUUUGCCAGCUCGCAAGCCCUCCGAACAACAACGCCCAGCGCUACCACCGCGCAGACCUACGCAACCCUCUCGGAAGGGCUCCCUAGAGUCCAUGGCAUCGGAUAUAUCAAGAUCGACAACCACCAGCGCUGGUAGAACAACAACUACGUCGGCUACAUCAUUCGAUGCAGGCCCUGGCCGCUCCCUGCCCCCCGCAUGGGGCGAGGCUGACUUGCCCCCCUUGCCUCCUAAACGACAGCCACAACCACUACCACGGCCAACGCUCACAACUAAGAGAAGCAUUAGUAGACUAUCUCCGCCUCGUCCGACAUUACCCCUGCGGCGAAAAUCUAGCCACAGUAACUACUCCACGGAAAACACAGAUUCUGAGCGGCCCCGGCUUCCUCCCCGACUACCCUCUAGGAAUACCAGCGACCACUCUCCGAGUAUCAACGAAGAAGAAGAGAGGACCCCACCACUACCGGCUCGGAGGCUUCCCCCGCCUAUGCCUUCGGACGCUACGCUGGGGAAACUUAAAGAAUCCGGUUUCGCAGCAAUCAACAAGAACUUUGGUAACGCGAAUGGAGCGUCUUCAGAGCCGAGUGCAAAUGGUGUGCCCCCGCCUGUCCCAUUGGCCUCUCGUCCGGAUCUUUCCAAAAUCCAAGCCACGAAGCCACGUCUGUAUGCGCCUAAUUCGCUAGCUGUGCCGCCGACUGUCGGUUGCUUGAAAUGCCGCGACUUCUCUGCCCCCGAUGCCCAUGCGGCUCGGUACCCACGCAUGUCUCUCCCGACACACGAUCUGGACUGGCUGGCGAGGGAACUCACGAGCCCAUUUCCCUCAUUGACGGAUAAAGCUCGAGUAAUCUUCACGUGGCUUCACCACAAUGUCAUGUAUGACACUGUGGCCUUCUUCAGUAAUCGGGUGCAGCCAGCCACUCCAGCCAGCACUCUGGCAACUGGAAUGGCCGUAUGUGCCGGGUAUGCGGGGCUGUUCACCGCACUUGCUACUCACGCCGGCUUGGAGGCCAAGUCUAUCUCUGGUCACGGCAAGGGCUUUGGAUUUAAUGAUCCUGCUCCUGGCUCCGCACUCCCUCCUGUCCAGGCAGGUCAUGCCUGGAACGUGGUCAAGAUCGAUGAUGGGCAAUGGAAAAUCAUCGAUUCAUGCUGGGGCGCCGGCCACAUCGACGACGGGCAAACCUACGUCCAGGAGUUCAACCCAGCCAUGUUCACCAACAGCAACGAUGAAAUGGGACUUCGACAUUUCCCCACAGACCGAACCCAGUUCUAUAGGGAUGAUGGGCGCCCCGAAAUCAGCUGGCAGGAGUACCUGCUAGGGAACCCGACAUCACCGCUGGGUGCCGAGCAGCCGUUUGUUUUCAGUGAUGCGGACAAGCACAGCAUUGGAGCGCGCUCCUACCUCCCGGCUGCCAAACAAAUUUCUGUCUCCCAGGGAGGUCCUGUGCGCUUCCAGUUCGGCCUGAUUUGCGAGCACUGGACGCUGGAGCAUCACACCCGGGCCAAACCCGGGUUGUUCCUGCUAAUGACCCACGAGGUGGAUGGGCGAAAGGAUGAGAACCUUUUGCUCACGCAUAUCCGGGGUUCAGGACCGAACGGCGGGGGAGAUCUGUGGUACGUAGACGUGCCGGAUGCCAGGAUGCUGGGCGCGCCGGGCCAGAAGCUCGACCUAGCAGUGCUGACCAGGUUCGGGGACCGGGAAGACGCACGCGGGCUGACAGCGGAGGAAUACCGGGCGCAGGUCAAUCGGGUGGCGAGGAGUUGGGCCCUCAUUGCGCGGUGGGAGCUGGUCUGAGCCGGGAUCAGGCCGUUGGAAGGGCAGCCGGGUAAUUAGGGCUGGCUGCCCUGCAUGGCCCGUGUAGAUUUCUUUGUUUCUUCUU